CGAUUGUUGCAGCAUCUGCUGUGGCUGGAAAGAUAUCCAAUCCAGCAUUUCUAUCUACUUCUUCUUCAAAUUUUUCUCACGAAUAUAUAUCAACACCAAAAAUAACUUGUGUAAUAAAUUCAAAUCAGCAUAAUACAGAAGCAAUGUCAUUAUCAAUCAGUGUUGAAAAAGUCAUUCCAGGAUUUCCAGAAGUUAUCAAAGGUCAAUUAUUAUUUUGUAACGCGGACAAUUUAAAUACGGAUGCAAUUUAUCCUGGUAAAUAUACUUAUAUGGAUGAGCUUACAUCUGAAGAUAUGGCUAAAGUUGCAAUGGAAAAUUAUGAUCCCAAGUUUGCCAAGAUAGUUACCAAGGGUGACAUCUUGGUUGGAGGUUUUAAUUUUGGAUCUGGAUCAUCACGAGAACAAGCUGCUACUGCAUUAAAAGCUUGUGGUGUAACAUUAGUACUUGCUGGAUCCUUUUCUGAAACCUUUAAACGUAACAGUAUUAAUAAUGCUUUACUUUGUUUAGAAGCACCUGAACUU